GUAGUUACAGAGUAAAGCGUAUCUAGAAAUGAUUACAUAAGGUGGGGAUAUCUACUACACUAGAGCCGCUUAGAUCCUUAGCCGGCACGGGAUUAAUUAUCACCGAUGUGGGGCAUCCCGGGCCAUGAUCUGAAGUGAAUCUGAUCUAAAUUAUUCCACUGUUCGUUUCAUCAAUUUUUACUUCAAUUGUUCCAAGUUCCUCUCAAUAACUACACACUAUUAAUUAUUUUGAACCUACUCCCACGACAUUAAACUUGAUGUGGAAGGUAAGUCAAAUGACUUGUGUGUCUCUAAAUUACCUGCUUUUCUAUUUGAAUCCAAAAAACUUUUAUGAUGAAAAUAAAUAUUGGAGCUGUCAGACCUUUACAUGGUGACAACCUAUAUAUUACGCAACAUUAUCUGAACCUGCCAACACAAAUUUCCUACUCUUGUAUUUAUCUUCCAAGGGAAACCCGUAUUAACCUACGCGUGCAUUUAGAUAUUUUUCCAUUGAUAAAGCGACCAUCAUUGUGGAUUGCUCAUGGAAUUGCGCCUACAUAUAGCAUCUUGAAGACACCAUGGAAGUCGUCAAUGGAACUUCAAGUGCUUCGACCACACCUGUCGCCAAUGGUGAACGAGAAGACCCAGGCGGCUUCAAGCUAAAGUUCUGUACAGUGUGUGCUAGCAACCAAAAUAGAUCUAUGGAGGCACACCUUCGCUUAUCCCAGGCACAUUACCCAGUCAUCUCCUUUGGGACGGGAUCUCUUGUUCGAUUGCCCGGUCCGUCGAUCACGCAACCAAAUGUAUACCAGUUCAACAAGGUGUCUUAUGAUGCCAUGUACAAAGAACUCGAAGGAAAAGACCCCCGAUUGUAUACGGCGAAUGGUCUGUUGAAUAUGUUAGGAAGAAACCGGCAGGUCAAGUGGGGUCCAGAGCGGUGGCAAGAUUGGCAAAUAGGCAUUCCAAGGACUGAGCAUGCCUCAGACCGUGGUAGCGAAGGAACGGAGGGUGGGAUGGUUGAUAUAGUCUUCACUUGCGAAGAGAGAUGCUGGGAUGCGGUCAUCGACGACCUCCUCAACAGGGGCUCUCCCUUGAACAGACCCGUCCAUGUCAUCAAUGUCGACAUCAAAGAUAACCACGAGGAGGCCUCAAUUGGUGGACGAGGCAUACUCGACCUUGCCGACUCAUUGAACCAGGCUGCCAAGGAAGAACGAGAGGUUAUAGGCUCUGCUGCUUUUGAUACAGCCAGCGCUGCCACAAGAGCCUCUUUUGAUGAGAGAGUGCCAGAGAUCAUUGGAGAAUGGCAGGAGAGGUGGCCGAAUUUGCCCGCCACUUGGUCGUUGGCUUGGUUUUGAUUGCAUGAGAUUAUGGCCUUUUGCUUUUUUAAUGAUACCCCGGAAUGAAGUUUUUAUUGCAAAUAGUUAAGAGCAUAUGUAAAUAGGUAUGCAUAUUGCUUUGGAGGAUAGUCACGAUAGGAAUACAGAAAUCAGACUUUCU